UCUAAAGUAAACAUUUUAUAUGCACUUUCAGUGAAAAAAAAUACCUAAAUAUUCUCUCAAACACCAUCAAACAAAAUGAUCAUGAUCAUUAUUUUCUAUGAUUCAUGAUUACGACGGAAUAAUAGAGAAUAAUUAUUACAAAAAAAAAAAAAAAAGUAAAUUGCAACAUGACAAAAUAAACACACCAAAAGUAAUUUGGCCAUUGUGUAGACAUGAAAAGAAAAUAGGUUUUACCUUUCUUCAAACGGACAGACUUGAUUUAUUAAUUACAUCUUUCAUAAUUUAAAAAAAAAAAAAAAAAAAAAAAACAUUCAAUUAUUUAAUUGCUAUAUAUUUUGUGUUUGAAUUAAUUAUUUGUGGUGACAUCAGACAGGAAAAAAUAUUUUUGUGUUUUUUUUUGUUUGUUUUGAUAAUGUCUGAAAAUGGAUUUCUGGAGACCGUAUCAUCUGAAUACGAUGACAAUGAACAGAAAAUGGUUCUCCUUAUUGAAACUUUAACUGGCACCGCUUUUGAAAUGAUUGUAUCACCAUUGGAUUCGAUUCUGUCGAUUAAAAAUAAGAUACAUCAUGAUGAAGGAAUUCCAAUUAAUCAACAACAUUUACUGCUUGGUGAUAAAGAACUGAAUAAUAAUACAUAUUUAAAGGAAAUAGGUAUUACAAAAGGAUGUACCCUAAAAUUGGUGCUUGGAAUGCGUGGAGGACCUAUUAGUACACGUCGUGCUUCGUCCAGAAGUGAACAUUUAAUAUGGCGAGAAAUAAAAGAUUUUGUGGAAACAACUAGAGAUGAUAUGAUGGCUAAAGUACCCGCCGGUUGUAAAAUCACAUUCUUAAUAUAUCGAGAAGGUGAUACAAUCAAUCUAUUAAAAGUCGUUGAAAAUAAUGAUGGUUCCUAUUCAUCAUUAUCUGAUCUACGUAAAUCUGGACGUUCUCGUAUAAAUGUGAGAACGGACACAGAUUCACAACAAUCGCAUACAACAAUGGAUUAUAAACAAAAAACAUUCAAUAAAAUGGCUGAAUUACGACGUAAAAUGGAAGAAUUAAAUAUUAAAAAAUAUAAAAAAUUACAUAAAAAUGGUAAUAAUAGUAGCGUUGAUAGUAAUUUUAUACCUCCUUCUACCACUACUAGUAGUCAAGAUCAAGAACAAACAACAAAUGAUUCAAUUUUGGAUUCGAAUACGUUAAUCAAGUCGAAAGUUGAUUUGAAACCGGUAACAAAAAUGAAACGAUACACGGAAAAAGGUAAUAAAUCUAGUGGUAAAAGUAAAGUUAAGCAAUGGUUAAAUUCGGAUUAUUAUGAUGAUUCUUCAGCAUUUGUAUCACGUAAAUCAUCAAAACAUUCAAUAACAUCACAAACCUACGAAGAUGGUACUACAGCAGGUGCUGGUGCUACAGGUUCAGGUGCAACUGGUCAAUUGAAAGGGAAUUUUUAUGUAAACAAAACAUAUAAAUUACAUAAUGUUUAUUCCGAUUCAAGUGACGAUGAUAAUAAUGAUUUAAUGAAUAAUUAUCAUAGUAAAAAAUAUCAAUUAAAAUCAUCUGAAUCAAUUAAACGAAUAUUGAUGCCAAGUAGUAGAAAAGAUGAAGCAUCUGCUAGUCAUAAUCAUUACGCACCAGAUGAUGAUGAUGACGAUGAUAUUGAUGUAUUGGAUGAAGAUGAUGAUGAAACGGAUGAUUUAAAUUCAGCAUUUAUUGAUCGUAAUAAUUCGAAUAUAUCGAUUGGUGAUGAUGAAACUUCGAAUGAUUUAUUUAAUGAAUAUUAUCCAAAAUUAACACGAACCGAACUUAGACAAACUUUAGGAUCACAUCGAAAAAUUGAUGACAACACAAAUGAAGGAGAUCUUAGUAUAUCCGAUAGAAAUUGUACAACAACAACAGUUCAUGAAACAUCAAGUAUAGCAAUUCUAGAAGAAGAUUCCGAAACGAAUGUAGUAAAUGAUGAAUCUGAAUUUAAUCCACCUCCUGGACCAAUAAGUGUCCCAUCACCCGAUGCAAAUACAUUUACAAUAUCACAAAUACCACGUGAACCAACUCGUGUAUCAACUACAAGCGGUACAAAUAGUGCUCGAAAUCGUAUACGUGUUGCUCGAUUUAUAUUAAAAAAUGAUCAACGGCCUAAAACAUCACCAGAUAAAUUAAGUAGAGAAUUUUGUGAAUUUUUAAAUUUAAAUUCAACAUCAUCAACAAAGUGUUAUGAAACAGAAGAGGCGUCUACAAAAGGAAGUAAAUUACGAUUUAAACGAACUAAAUACAUCAGUUCAUCAAGUUCGAAACUAGAUAAAAUUAAUAAUAACUUAAAAUCGUUAUCAACAUCGAAUACAACGGUUUGUAGUUGGCCCCGAGUAUCUUCAACAAAUAAAACAUCUUGUCGUAUUGGAGGUGGUGGACUAACAUGUUGUUAUGAUGGUCAUCAUGUAUCGAAUCGUUUUAAAUUAACCAAAUUCGAAAAUGUUCUAAGUAAUCAAAAUAUUUUAUCUUCCCAUCAAUCGACUACAACUUUAUCUGGUAUACAAAAUAAAGGUUUCCUAGAAAAUAUUGAAAGUAAUAAUACACCACCUACUAGUAAUAGUUCGAAUAAAGAAGAUGAUUUAGCUGUGAAAAAAGAAAGUACUGAAAUAGUUACGUUACCACCAAUCAAACAAAAGAAAUCGAAUCGAGUUCGAUGCAAGAAAUGUAGUAAAAAAUUAAAUAUAGCGACAAUACAUACAUGCCGUUGUGGUGAUCAUUUUUGUUCGCAACAUAGGUAUUCAGAAGUACAUGGAUGCAAAUACGAUUAUAAAACAGAAGGUAGAAAAGUUAUUGAACAAGCAAAUCCAUUAAUACGUGCACCGAAAUUACCAAAAAUUUAAAACAAGGUCGUCCAUUUUACGUUUUAGAUUUAAUUAAUUAAUUGUUAUCAUACUUAUUAAUUACCAAUGGUUUACCUUUUUUUUUGUUUUGUUUCAUUAUUAUUUUUUUUGUUUUAUACAUUAUUCUCUCCCCCCACUUAACUUUGUUGUUUUUAAAUUUGACAAAUUUUUGUAAUUUCAUGUUUUUCAUACUCGCUCUCAUUAUUAUCUAUCUCUCUCGCAUACCAUUUUCACUUUCAUCUACAUAUUUCUCUCUCUCAACAAAAAUAACAAAGAUGUAUGACGGACAAUGUUGUGGUUAUAUUUUGUGGUCCGUUGUACGCUAUUACGUGUAUUUAGAAAAAAGAACAAUCGUUUAAUAAA